AUGAAUAACAACAACCUGCAGCAAUGGUGGGAAAACUCAUACCGACGACAUCAUCAACAGCAAGAGCAGCAACCAACUGUGGAUAACAAUCUCAAUAUCAAUAUUGAUAACACCGAUUUGCAUUAUGCACUGCUCGAGGAUAAUUAUUAUGGCGGAAAUGGAGAUCUGGUUGGAGGUCAGUCGGGUCAUGACUUUGAUUACGACAACUAUGGCAACUUUACUCUGAUAAGUCCUUAUGAUAUCGACACUGGUCCGGAUUCUGAGCAUGCAAUUCCAUCGUUUACCAUUUUGCUGCUGGCCAUUAGCUAUGGUCUGGUUGUGUUUGGUGGUGUUGUGGGCAACUCAACGUUGGUCCUUACACUGUGCUCGGCUUCCUCGGUUCGAUUACGAAAUCCUCUGCUGUUGGCCGUAUGCAUUGCGGAUCUCUUGGUUACGGGCAUCUCAGCGCCUGUUACGCUCCUAAAUUUGGCCAUGAAUCGAGGCGCCAGAUCACUACCUCUUCUUCUCUGCAAGCUUAUACACUUUGUACAGGUCAUGCCCGUGGCAGCCAGCACAAUAUCAUUUUUCAUGCUCUCGCUGGAUCGUUAUGCCACCGUUAAGCAUCCUCGACUGGCGCAGUUGCGACAGCGUCGUUAUCUGCACGUUUCCUUGGCUAUACUCUCAUGGACCGCCUCAGCAGCUAUCAGCACGCCUUUCCUGUUUGCCUAUAAGAUAAUUGCCAAGUCAGUGAUCAUUAAGGGAGCUGGCACAAGUACAACACCGAAUCCGGUUAGCAUCAGUUGCACCUCCGAGUUGGGCGCUAAUGCGAUGUUCAUGUCCUUCAUUAUAUUUCAUACGAUUGCGGUGUUUGUAUUGCCCGGUGUGGGUGUCCUCCUCAAUCACUAUGGAGUUCGUCGCAAGCUCUGUGCACUGUCCUUAACGGCACGAGCGGCACACGGUGAACUGCCCCUACCAAUGCCCAUACUGCGCCGACAGACGCACAUGGUCAUUGUCACGGGAUGUGCCAAUGCACAGCAGGCGGCAUGCGGUGGAGCCACAACCGCAGAUGACACAUCCAACGGAAAUGGAAAUUGUGGCGGACAAAUUACUGUCAGUCCUGGCGAUAUACAGUUGCAUAAUUUACAGCCAGGCAUUCCUGUUUCCAGUGAAGCACUUGAACCUGGCUCCUAUCGCUCCUGCAAUCCCAUUUCACCAAGAGCUAUGCGGGAAAUUCGUGCCCAUUCCCAACGACAGCGCAUUCAUCGAGCGGGACGAGGUCCUGCCACUCCUGGUAUACCGUUGCCCCAGACGUCGACGCUGCGCUCGCGUCGUCAUCUGGCCAAUAUGCUAGUUGCUUCCGCCUUAAUCUUCAUCGUUUGCUGGGCGCCACAUGUCUUUUGUAUAUUCUAUAAGAAUUUCGGUUAUAAGCAAUACUGCAGCAAAACUUCCGUCUAUUUCAGUCUCUUAUUGGGCUACUUUUAUUCGGCCAUUAGUCCGGUCAUCUAUUGGGCACUCAACCACAACACGCUACGACAAUCGCCCUGUGCGCCCAUCAUCCGCCUGCGCUCCAUGCAAAAUUUCCUGCGUACGCGCUUUCGCUCGCACACCGUUCCGCCAGCGGCUUCAUCGACAAAUGAGGCAGCAUUGGGGGCAUUCAAUCCCAAGUUGAUAAAGCUAACACCGAAGCAGUAUAGAGCUCAGGCUUCUUCGCAUUAUCUCUACUAGUGUGAUACUAAACUAAAACUUGAUAUACAUAUAUACUAUACAUAACAUAUUUUUUACUUAUGACAUCUCGACCCCAAAAAUCUAUUUCCGCUAUAUGAAAAUCUCUUGAUGUUUUCCUCAAAAAAAAAAAGAAAGAAAAAACUCUCUGCUAUUAGAUGGCAAAGCGAACUACAAAACAUGAAUAUACUUACAAGCGAGAUCAUACACUGCGCAUAUACAUAUAAUACAUAAUAUAUGUACACAAAGUCAUGCAUAUAACGAGUUUACAUAGAUACAACAUAGUGUUAAUGCUUAUUUACAAUACAAUGUUUGGCCUCCGAAAGCUUUCAACUUCAAAGUAACAAAUCGCAUGAAUACAAAUUACAAAAAUACACUGAAAACAAAAACGAAUACGAAAACCAUUUAUGAACUCAUAUAGUGACUUGUUUGAAAUGUUGUUUAGUCCUUAAGCUGAAACUGAAAGAAAUUACAUACAUACAUCUAUAUACAUUAUAAAAUUGUACUAUGUUCCUUUUCAUAGAUAAGCAAUAAGAAACGCUUUAAGCCGAGUUUAAUAAACAAAUCAAACUAAACUUGAUCUAAAACUAAAUC